GUGCCGAGCGAACGGUCCACAGAUGCUUCCCCUCUCACAGCUGCAGUCAGCUGCGCACAGAGCCACGUGAACACGCGGACCCAACAGCUGUAGCAGGUGGUGCUGUGGCUGGUGUACUUGUAAAUUCGUUGAGAAGAAAAAUGUAUUCUACAGUAGAACGAGGAGCUCCAAACAGCUUGGAAUAUAGGAUAUAUUUCAAAAAUGAGAAAGGCCCUAUUUCUCCGUUGCAUGACAUUCCUCUUUAUGCCGAUGCCGGUAACAAAAUAUUCAACAUGGUUGUGGAAGUUCCGAGGUGGACAAACGCGAAAAUGGAGAUCAAUCUGAAGGAAGUUCUGAACCCUAUUAAGCAAGAUGUGAAGAAAGGGAAACUCAGAUAUGUGGCGAACUGUUUCCCCCACCAUGGUUAUAUAUGGAAUUAUGGUGCACUUCCACAGACAUGGGAAAAUCCAGAAGUCCUAGACGAAUCUACUGGCUGUAAAGGAGAUAAUGACCCAAUAGAUGUUCUAGAAAUAGGUUAUAGGGUGGCAAAGAGAGGAGAAGUGCUGCAAGUGAAAGUUCUGGGUGCCAUCGCACUUAUCGAUGAAGGUGAGACCGACUGGAAGAUCAUUGCAAUUGAUGUUAAUGAUCCUGCUGCUGAUCAGCUGAAAGAUGUUGGAGAUGUAGAGAAACAUUUCCCUGGCCUGCUGAAAGCAACAGUAGAGUGGUUUAAGAUUUACAAGAUACCAGAUGGAAAACCAGAAAAUCAGUUUGCAUUUAAUGGUGAAGCAAAGAAUCAAGAAUUUGCUCAUCAUGUAAUUGAGGACGUUCACAAAUACUGGCAAGGUUUGGUGAAAGGGGAAGCUGAAGCAGGAGGCAUAUCAUGUGUUAAUGUUACGAUAGCAGACAGUUCUUUCAGAAUUGAAACGGAAGAUGCUGAGGAAGUAGUAUCGAAAAGCCCAGCACCAAGUGCGGGAUCAGAACCUGAACCUAUUGUUGAUAAGUGGCACUUCAUUCAUCUAAAAUGAUUGCUUUGUGGUGUGUAUAUCGGAUCCAGAGGGAGUGGUGGUGUAAGGUCGCCUGUGUAGCAACUUCUUGAAGGAACUCCGAAGAUUUAAUUUCAAUCUGCCUGUGAUUUUUAAAACUUGCAUAGUUUUGCUGCCUGUGAAAAGAAGCAGUUUUGUAUUAUAUACAAUUUCUGUGUUUUUAAGAAAAUUGUUUAUCUAAUACAAUUUCAUAUGGACACCA